AUGGCGGCUGCAGCGGUGGUCGAGUUUCAGAGAGCUCAGUCUCUCAUUAGCACGGACAGCAACGCCUCUAUCGACAUCCUCCACUCGAUAGUGAGGAGAGAUGUUCAGGAGAACGAUGAGGAGGCCGUCAGGGUUAAAGAACAGAGCAUCCUGGAGCUCGGGACGCUGCUGGCCAAGACGGGACAGGCAGCAGAGCUCGGGGGUCUCCUGAAAUUCGUCAGGCCUUUCCUGAUUUCCAUCAGCAAGGCGAAGGCGGCCCGGCUGGUCCGCUCCCUGCUCGACCUUUUCCUCGACAUGGAGGCGGCGACGGGGCAGGAAGUGGAGCUGUGUCUCGAGUGCAUCGAAUGGGCCAAGAACGAGAAGAGGACCUUCCUACGACAGGCUCUGGAGGCACGACUGAUUUCACUCUAUUUUGACACCAAAAGAUACCAGGAGGCCUUGGCACUCGGCACCCAGUUGCUCCAGGAACUGAAAAAGAUGGAUGACAAAGCUCUGCUGGUGGAGGUUCAGCUGCUGGAAAGUAAGACGUACCACGCUCUCAGUAACCUGCCCAAGGCCCGCGCUGCGCUCACCUCGGCCAGGACCACGGCCAACGCCAUCUACUGUCCUCCAAAGCUCCAGGCGGCGCUGGACAUGCAGUCAGGGAUCAUCCACGCAGCAGAGGAGAAGGACUGGAAGACGGCCUACUCCUACUUCUUCGAGGCGUUCGAAGGCUACGACUCCAUCGACAGCCCCCGAGCCAUCACAGCCCUCAAAUACAUGCUCCUCUGCAAAAUAGUCCUCAACCUACCAGAGGAAGUACAAGCUCUGAUCAGCGGUAAACUGGGCCUGCGAUACGCCGGCCGCCAGACAGAUGCACUGAAAUGUGUCGCCCAGGCCAGCAAGAACAGAUCAUUAGCAGACUUUGAAAAGGCCCUCACAGAGUACAGAGCAGAGCUGAGGGACGACCCCAUUAUCAACACUCACCUGGCCAAGCUGUACGACAGCCUGCUGGAACAAAACCUCAUCCGAGUCAUUGAGCCAUUUUCCAGAGUACAGAUAGAACACAUAUCAGGUCUAAUCAAACUCUCAAAGGGUGACGUUGAGAGGAAAUUAUCACAGAUGAUUCUGGACAAAAAGUUUCACGGAAUCCUCGACCAGGGUGAAGGCGUGUUGAUCAUAUUUGAAGAGCCUCCGGUGGACAAAACAUACGAAGCAGCCUUGGAAACAAUUCAGAACAUGAGCAAAGUCGUGGAUUCACUUUACAACAAAGCCAAGAAGCUGACAUAGAACAGCUCAGCCCCCGCGGCAGUGCGAUGGAGGAACUGUGUGUGUUUGACCAGCGUGUGUAACAUUUUAAGAAGGGGACAAGGGAGAGCAACGACAAAUAGUCCCACAAACUGCAACAAACAGGAUUCCCCCAUCAAACUCCUCCUUUCCCCUCCUCCAGCUCCCCUCCUCCUCCUCCUUCCUCCUCCUUCUCUCUCUCUCUCUCUCUCUCUCUCGCUCUCUCUCUCUCUCUCUCUCUCUCUUGCUCUCUCGCUCUCUCUCUCCCUCUCUCCCCCUCUCAACGGACAAUUAAAUCACUUAUCUUAUAGUUUUCUUCUUCUUUUUGUUUGUUGUUUUAUUUUAUUUUAUUUUAUUUUAUUUUAUUUUAGUUUUUUGCUCCUCCUCUCCUCCUCCUUUUAAUUUUGAUAUCUCUUCAGGAUUCUGUAUAACACUCAGCGGCCAAAUCAGGCCAUCAGGGAAUAUUGUACAACCACAAUAAAUAAAAUAAAUAAAUAAAUAAAAGAGAGAAAAAAGGAUUUAGAAUACAAUAUAUGUUUAUAUCUGCUUAAUAAAAAAGGUUUUUAACCGAGCCUUUAAAAAAAA